AUGGAAAUUACUCCUGAUGCCAACAAUGCCUCAGUCUUCAACUGCUACGAUGGCAUCGUGCCAACUAGCGUACCAGAGCAAUGGAAUUAUCAAAUAUUUUAUUACGACCCAACGCAGCCAUCGAGUCCGGUUGGAAGCUACCUCUCAACUAAAGACUCACCAGAUUGUUCAGUUGUCCUAGUGGACAACAGCACCGCAACCGACGAGUGGAGAGCGAGAUUCUCCUUCCGGAUGAGUACACCACCAUACGCAUUCUUAUAUGGCCAUGCAGUCCGAGCGAGUCAAGAAGGGAUAGUGGCUGAACAAUCCGAAAGUUGGGGAAGUACUCUCGCCUGUUACGCUCAGGACGACUUAUCAAACUUGCUCCUUGGUGCAAUCUUUGUUGGAGUCUACCCUCGCGAAGAAGGGGCUUCAUUGCCUGAUGGAAAGGUUGAAAUUGUUUUCCAAUCCGGCGCUCAGGGCAGGUAUUUCAUGGCUAAGGGAGUUGCUAUCGCUCCCUCUACAGUGAUCUUGAGGGGUGGGGAUGUCCCACUGUCUCAGCGCGUUUGGCAACUACAGCGAAGGGACUGGAUUGGGGAUGUAUCCCAGACGUGUAUCGUGAAUGAUUUGAAUAGCCCAGUUUCCGGAUACGCAAUGGCCAAAAUGAAUGGCAUAAUUGGCUACUACUUCCUCACGCCCACGGGUAUUAUGCCUGUUUCACAGGGAAGACUGGGUCCAGAUCAUUCCACAUGGCAAGAUGAGGUCGCGAUUGCAGGAAAUGCCAACGGUCUCUUCUCCCUAACCAAUACGGGAGAUGUUUAUCUAUAUUCCAAGUCCCUAUCAGAGCGCGAGCCUUGCAAUAUUUUGCCGGACUAUAAGUUCUUGGACGUCAGUUGCACAAGUAUGGAUUCUUAUGUCUAUGCUAUCCAGACAGACCACACUGUGUGGAGAUAUGAUACGGCUCAUCAGCCCGGCACCUGGGAGCCAGUUUGGCAAGGAACCGAUUUCAAAGCAGCAGUUCUGAUGGCGUCAGAUGCUGCGGUCUUUGCCAUCGCACAUCCGACAUGUCCACCCCGAUAUGGUCCAUCUGGGGCUGUUUUCAGCCUCUUAGAUGGGCCUAGUCCUGUGCUCAUUGGCAGUGAUCAAUUACACAUCAAUCAGUUAAAGAUUGCCAGCAAUUUUCUGAUUGGAUUGGCAUCAGGUGACAACAAGAUGUAUGUCUGGAAUGGGGUCCCUGGCUCCUGGACCGAUCUUUCCACCGCGCCUCUCCGGCCAUGGGGCGGAGUCCGAGACGUGGUUGACGGCAGCAGUCUAGGAAUAGUUGCUUUGUCAGGGGACCAGCGUGAGAUUGUUCAGUUAGAUCUGCAUGAGCGGAGGUGGAAUUUCUUGGGUGCCCUGACUGACGAAUGGCGCCUAGAUGAGGGUAAAUUGACUCUGUGCGCACUUGUUGACGGUGUUGGGAUAUUUGGCAUUUGGAAUGGACGCGUGAUUUUCAUUCACCUGUCUGGAGGUGUGCAAUAA